AUGUUCCCGAAUUCAUUCCAGUUUUAUUGUUCUUUCGACGUGGUGUUCACCAUUUAAUAGGACUUGUUAAAAUAGGACUUCGUGCAAUGCUUGUAGGGUCUGUUUGGUUGAUUUGUUUACCAUACUUUACUGUAUGGGUAUGGAGAUUUUAUUUUUGGAGUGGAGAGUACAUAGCAUAUAGAAUUAAUGGACAAUAUCCACCAUUUAGAGCAGAAAAUGGAAUAAAUAAUUCUACAAGAGAAGAAAAUCCAUUUUCAAUAUUAUAUUUAAAAAUAGCCAAAGGACUAUUAUGGUAUUUACCUCCUGAAGUGGAAAAUAUUAUAAAAGAAUUUGAUGAUGGUAUUAUAAAUGAAGAUAAUGAUAUUAUAAAUGAAGAUAAUGAUAUUAUAAAUGAAAAUGAUGAUAUUACAAAUGAAGAUGAUGAUAUUAUAAAUGAAAAUGAUGAUGUUAUAAAUGAAAAUGAUGAUAUUAUAAAGAUAUUAUAA